UUCACAUUUUGUGCUAUACAGAAGACAAUUUUUAAUAUGCUGUCAUUCAAAGUUAUUUUUGUGCUGGGCUUGACCCUGGCUGUAGCAUCGGCUGGCGAACCUCAGUUAGUUGGCGGCAUCACAACACUCUCUGGCGAUGAGCUUAAGGAGGCUGAAACUCAAUUAAACUCUUCAUUGAAAACGUUGGCAGCUGGUGAAGGACCAAACUACCAAUUGGGCAAGAUCAUUUCGGCUAGAAAACAAGUCGUGUCUGGCUUCAAAUAUUAUUAUGAGGUGGAGCUGGUUGAGGGCAGCAAGACCAAGACUUGCAAAGUGGAGAUCUGGUCGCAGCCCUGGAUGCCCAAUGGCGUUGAGGUGAUAUUCGACUGCCCCGAUGGCAAGGUUACCAAGAAGCACAAUGCACAAUCUGAAGUCAAACUUCGUGAAGUGAAGAAAGAUUUUUGCAAUAUGUUCGCUAUUAAAGUUAUUUUCGUGCUGAGCUUGGCACUCGCUGUUGUGUCCGCAAGCCCUGCCCUUACGACUAGGGGCAAGGGCGCCAUUACGGCACUCAGCGGCGAUCGUCUAAAGGAAGCUGAAGCUAUACUGGAGUCGUCUCUAAUCAAAUUGGCUGAUGGUGAAGGACCACACUAUACUUUGGGUAGAGUAAUUUCGGCUUCACAUCAAACAGUCUCCGGCAGCAAAUACCGUUAUGAGGCGGAGCUUCUGUCAGGCGACAAGACUGUGCAGUGCAAGGUGGAGAUCUGGUCCCAGCCCUGGUUGGACAAUGGUAUUGAGGUGACAUUCGACUGUCCCGAGGGCAAAGUUGUAAAAAAUCACAGCGCCUAA